CCGGUGGAAACUAUUCUCUUGUAGGGCUCUGGAUGCGCAUGACAUUUCUUUGUUCGUGGAGCAAGCAGAGAGAUUCCAUAAUUUGUCGGCAGACUUACGGCGUCUGGCAGUUGAUAGUCAGGGUGAAGUUGAUCGAGUUGUAACUCUUACAGGGUUGCCGAGAACAUAUGGUCGAAUAGAGGUAGGAGAAGUACUAAAGGAGCACGCCGAUGUUGAAGUAGAUCCUCGAGACAUCGUCUUUCGAUUCCAGCGGAAGGGUCAUCAGAGUGACACGGUGUAUGUUUUGUGCAAGUCGGUGAAGGACAGUGUGAGGGUUAUGGAGAAA